AAUGAUAAUAUAAUCGAUCACGAACCACUUUAUUCGAAAUCGUUUGUUUGGGAUUGGCCAUUCUCAGAAGAUCGACAAGCCCAAGGCUUUCUUUCAGAAGACAAAUUUUACGUUUGCCUACCGUUUAAUAACGGUGGCACUGGUGAAUCCAAAGGAACGUUGAAAAAAUUCGAAAAGAUCUCAGGUGUGGAUUACAUCUGGACGUUGGGUCUUUGUAAUAGUGGUUUUAUGGGAACUUGUUUUUGGCGUAUUGAAAUCCAAAUUUUGAGGGAUCUCAAUAUGCUCACUGUUAACGCAUCAAGAGAUGUGGCUCGACCGGAUGAGACGAAUAAACGUUUGAAAAGAAUUCGCAAAGUUUAUCGUUUACCAAAUCAUUAUGAUAUAUCGACUCUGCAUACCGAAACUUACGAUUGGGCUGUUGUGAUUGAAGUAUAUCGACGAACUGACAAGAAAUUCGGUAGACCGAUGCGAAUUCAAAGGGCCGAUACAAUCGUUUAG